AUGGAGGACGCAAAUUUAGGUGAAGGGGAUACAAUUCUCAAUCCUCAAGAUCAAAACAUUCCUAAAGUUGGAAUGAUGUUUGAUUCAGAAAACGAACUUGAAGAUUACUUUAAAAAAUACACAUACCAGAUUGGAUUUGGUGUACGAAAAGUUAGUACAAGAACAAAAAAAUGUAUUGCCACAACAUACUACUCACUUGGAUGUUCCAGAGGAGGUGUAUAUGAGCCUAAGACAAACAAACCAUAUCUAAAGUCUUCUAAAACAAAUUGUCAAACAAAUAUUUGUGUAAUUGCAUAUGGUGAUGGAAGAUGUACUAUCUCUCGUGUUUUUCUUGAACAUAACCAUGCUUUAAGUCCCAAAAAAUCUAGUUUUCAUCGAUCACAUAAGAAAAUGGAUUCAUAUGCCAAGAGAAGACUUGAGUUGAAUAAUUAUGCUGGAAUUCCAUUAAACAAAAGUUUUCAUUCGUUAGUUGUUGAAGAGAAAGGGUAUGGCAAUUUGUCUUUUGGCGAGACAGAUUGUAGAUCUUACAUUGCAAAAAUAAGACAACUAAGACUUGGGCAAGGGGAUGUUGAGGCAAUUCGUAAUUAUUUUGCCCGUCGUAUGCAAAAUGUAUUUUGGGCAGAUGCAAGGUCUAGGGUAGCUUACGAGUCAUUCGGAGAUGUUAUUUCAUUUGACAACACAUAUUUGACGAACAAAUAUAAUAUGCCGUUUGCACCUUUUGUUGGAGUAAAUCACCAUGGACAAUCUAUCUUAUUUGGAUGUGGUUUGCUUUCUCGAGAGGAUACAGAAACAUAUGUAUAG